UUGCAUUUCCAGAUGGAAGCAGGACUUUGAAAUGUAUGUGUUUGGGCACAAACGGGAACAAACUGAAGCACAAGAGUCCAUCUCUAGUGUCCCACUGAACACUGUGACGAGGGAGGGGCAUGCACAGAUGAUUAAAAACACUUCACCCCGAUGGGCACAGUCUGGUGGGAGACCCAAUCUAUUAUAGCAUUUGAUGAGCUGAAGACCGAUUACAAGAAUCCUAUAGACCAGUGUAAUACUCUGAAUCCUACAGUUGAAAAGGUCAAAAAGAUUAAAAGAGUCAAAAUUGCAUUAAAGCUUGUACUUCCAGAGUACCUCAUCCAUGCUUUCUUCUGUGUCAUGUUUCUUUGUGCAGCAGAAUGGCUUACGCUGGGCCUCAAUAUGCCCCUCUUGGCAUAUCAUAUUUGGAGGUAUAUGAGUAGACCAGUGAUGAGUGGACCAGGACUCUAUGACCCUACAACCAUCAUGAAUGCUGAUAUUCUAGCAUAUUGUCAGAAAGAAGGAUGGUGCAAAUUAGCUUUUUAUCUUCUAGCCUUUUUUUACUACUUAUACGGCAUGAUCUAUGUCUUGGUGAGCUCUUAGAACAACACACAGAAGAAGUGGUCCAGUUAAAUGCAUGCAAAAAGCCACCCAACGAAGGGAUUCUAUCCAGCAAGACCCUGUUUCCAGGAGUAGCCUAUGGAAUCUGACCAGUUACAUUAAAAAUGACUCCUUAUUUUUUAAA